GUUCAAUUGGUUCCUCAGCAUUUCUGCCACUUAUUACAGUUUCAGGAGGUACACUUCAUUUAUCCAAUUUCAACGUAGUCCAUAAAUGCAUUGAGGAACCUACUGACACCAUUGUUGUUAAUAAUGGUGGAAAGUGCAAUAUUACCAAUGUUCAGUUUCAAGGUGAAAAUUCUACUUUCUGUUUGCUUCAACAUUCAGAAGUAUCUAUUGGGAAAUGUCGACUAAUAGGAGGUAGCACAGCAAUAUCAGUGUCUAAUAGUUCUACAUUAAAACUCACUGAUACAGUUAUAUCAGCAUUCACUCACGUUGGUGUUAAUAUAAUUAGUGGUGCAUCUGCUAACAUACAAAAGUCUACUGUUAGUUGCUGUGGACAGCAUGCAAUACUGAGCCAUAAUGGAGCACAAAGAGUUGAACUUAUCCACAGUAAGAUUAUUAGUAAUUCAAACUGUCAAGAAGGCCAUGUCCCAGCUGUACAACUAUCUGCUGGAAAACAAAAUCUCAUCAGACAUUGUGAGAUUUUGAAAAACGGAGGACCAGGAAUACGAAUAACUCACGGAUCUGAGUGUGCCAUAGAGGACAGUAUAUUUAAACAGAACCCUAUUGCGAUAAAUGUAAUCGGGAGAAGUCGAUGCAGUAUAAUAAGAUGCAGGAUGGUGGAGGUAUCUGUGGGUCUGGAUAUCUUGCAUAAUCAGAAUGGUCAAGUAUUUAUGAAAGAUAACACCAUCAAGCCGUCAAUAGCUGAGGUAAUGAUGUUGUCAUCUGACAGCAUUCCAACAAUGGUUGGACGAUUACAUAAAGUCAAGUUACGUGACGAUGUAUCAUCCAAACACAUCAGGACACCCAGAUUAGAAACUUUACAGAAAGUUGUUGCUCCCAAGAAGUUUGUGAGAUAGAUGAAGACUCCAUGACUUGUGUAUUUGAUGCAUGAUUGAACUGAUUACAUAUUAGAUGUUCCAAGAUGUCUUCUCAGUAAUAUGGCUUGAAACAAAUAACCUUUGCAUAUAGACCUUUUGCAUUUAUUGUACAUAAUAAUACGUAUACACCACUAUAUGUUUUACUUGUUAUUUCAAUGGGACACAUUUGGUGAGUCUCUAUAAUGGUCACCAAUGUAUAUCUUGAGAAAAACACCAAAACAAGCAUGUAUGUUGUUUCAUACCACCAGCCCGGUAUAGUGCAAAUUCGGAUGUGCAAAUCGCAUUUGUAAGAUUAGCAAGAUCAGGUUCUCCACUGUGUGGGGUCCAGUUCUAUGUUCUUUGCCAUCCCAUAAGGGUAUUGGAAAUUGGUCUAGUGCUUCAUAAUUGGGCAAUAAAUUAUUUGGUCAUGAAAAGUACAAUUCUGAUAUGAAUCAGAAUUUUAGUAGUCAAUUAUUACUUGGUUGAAUUUUUCAGAUGGUGAUAAAUCAAAUCAAAAUAUGGUGAUAAAUCAAAAAAAUUAUCAAUUUACAUAACAUAUAUUGCAAUAUACAAACGUUUUUAAAUGGGUAUUACAGUCACACUCAUGACUUGACAAAAACAUAUCAAUAGUAUAUCCGUAUAAUUAAUACAGAAUUUUUUUAUUAUAUAUUUGAUCUUACUUUUUUAUUGUUCUGUGGUAUUUAAACAAUUUUUCCUGUAAUACUGCUCCUAAUAAUCAGCAAAGUUGAUAGAAAUAUUAAUAUUUGUCAACGGAUUUUCACAAUACUUGCUAUGGGACUAUUAUCAUUUUUCGUUGAUUUUUCUGCACACUGUUGCAUCAUUUGUACUAAAUAUAAAUAAUGAACUACACAGUCAAGCUUUUUGUCACUGUGAACAACAUAAUUUUCAAUCAUUUCAUAUUUUAUACAUCAAAACAGUAUUUGGUCACUAGAGGGCACACAACUACGGUAAUUGGAGUAUGCCAGUGACUACUGCAUUUGCUCUGUGUUUUAUAAUUACAUACUCCGGUUUGA